AUGAGGGCGGAAGCGGAGGCGGAGGCGGCGGCGGAGGCGGCGGCGGAGGCGGCGGCGGAGGCGGCGGCGGAGGCGGCGGCGGAGGCGGCGGCUGUAGAGGCGGCGGUGGCGGCCGUGGCGGCGGCGGAGGCUCAAGAGGCGGCGGCAGCGGAGGCGACGGCAGCAGCGGCGGCAGCGGCGGCUUCGGCGAGUGUCGCCGCCCUCGCCGCCGCCGCCGCGCCGCCCGUCGCUGUCCCUCUCGACGAGCUGAUUACGGCGACGGACGGCUUUGCCGAGGCGCGCAAGGUGGGCGAGGGCGGCUUUGGGCGCGUCUAUCGCUGCGACGCGCUGCCGUCUCUCCCGCGCGUCGCUUGCGGGUUCGCCGUCAAGACGGCGCUGGUCGGUGUCGGCGCCCAAGGCCUCGCCGAGCUGCAGAGCGAGGUGCGCACGCUCAGCGCGGCGUGUCACCGGUCCCUGCUCCCUCUUCUCGGCGUCUGCUUGGCACCGGCGAGAGCGUGCCUCGUCUACCCCCUCUGCCGCGGCGGCAGCCUCGAGGACCGCCUCUACCGCACGCCGGCCGCGCUGCAGCGGCUCCGCAUGCUCGGUUUCGAGACGCCGCCUCCGCCGCUCUCCUCCGCCGCGCGGCUCCGCGUGCUGCGCGACGCCGCAAGCGCGCUGCAUUACUUGCACACGCUCUCUCCCAUGAUCCUGCACCGCGACGUCUCGGCGGGCAACAUCCUGCUCGACGAGCGCGGCAACGGCUACCUCGCCGACGUGGGCCUCGCGCGCGCGGCAGAGGCGACGGCCGGCAGCAGCCAGCAGGUGUCGCACCUGUCGACGCAGCGCCUCUUCGGUAAGCUUGGGUACAUGGACCCAAUCAUCUCGCAGAGCGGGCAGGCGUCAGCGCUGACCGACGGCUAUGCGCUCGGCAUCACGCUGCUCGUCGCCCUGACCGGCCGCGGCGCCGUC